ACGUUCCGCACAAGCAGGCUGCAGGCGAGGCAGGUGAGACAGAGUUCAAUGGAUUUGCCGUCUGCACAAGCAUCCCUUCCCGGUAAAACUUGUAGUGCUGACGGGUAGAAUUCCAUUCCACCUCGUCAUAGUUGGCUGGCCCGAGGGGUGCGUCGUUGAGUUCGUCGCCUGUGCUGGCUGAAUAGUGGCGUGGCGAGAGCCAUGGCCGCGGGUGCGCGGCCACCAUUAGCUCUGCUGCUUCCCCUCUUCGUUACUUUCUUCUUCUCCUCCCCUUCCUCCGCCUCCGCGGCUGACACCCUCGCCGCCAACUCUUCCCUCAGCGAUGGCCAGACGCUCGUUUCAGCCACGGGAGUGUUCGAGCUGGGCUUCUUCACCCCGGUCAGCUCGACGGCGAGGUUCUUGGGCAUCUGGUACAUGGGCCUCGCUCCCCAGACCGUCGUCUGGGUCGCCAACCGGGAAGCUCCGAUCAACGCCACAACGGCGAGCCUCGCCAUCAACGGCACCGGCAGCCUGGUGCUCGCCGACGCCUCCUCGGGGCAGGUGUUCUGGUCGUCCAACGUGAGCGGCACUGGCGCCGCCGCCGGCCCGGUGGCGGCGCAGCUGCUGGACAGCGGCAACUUCGUGCUUCAAGGCGCUGGUGGCGCCGUCCUGUGGCAGAGCUUCGACUACCCGUCCGACACCCUGCUCCCCGGCAUGAAGCUCGGGUGGGACCUGACCACGGGGCUCAACCGCUACCUGACGACGUGGCGGAGCCCCGGCGACCCGUCGCCGGGCGACUACACGUUCGGGUUCGACCUCCGCGGCGUCCCCGAAGGGUUCAUACGUCGCGACGACGACACGACGCCCGUGUACCGGAACGGGCCGUGGAACGGGCUGCAGUUCAGCGGCGAGCCGGAGAUGGAGCCCAACAACAGCAACUUCCUCUUCCAGUUCGUCGACAACGCCAGCGACGUCUACUACACGUUCCUGGUGGACAACAGCAGCGGCGGCGUGGUGUCGCGGUUCGUGCUGAACCAGUCGAGCGUGCAGCGCUACGUGUGUCCGGAGGGCGGGCAGGGGUGGAGCCUCUACUGGUCGCUGCCGCGGGACCAGUGCGACAACUACGGGCACUGCGGCGACUUCGGCGUCUGCGACACCAGCAGCGGGUCCCCGGCGUGCGCCUGCGUGCACGGGUUCACGCCGGCGUCGCCGCGGGACUGGGAGCUCAGGGACAGCUCCGCCGGGUGCAGGCGCGUCACGCCGCUCAACUGCACCGGGGACGGCUUCCUGCAGCUGCGCGGCGUCAAGCUGCCGGACACGACCAACGCGACGGAGGACGCGGCCAUCACCGUCGACCGGUGCCGGCAGAGGUGCCUCGCCAACUGCUCCUGCCUGGCCUACGCCGCUUCCAACAUCAAGGGCGGCGACAGCGGCUGCAUCAUCUGGAGCUCGCUGCUCAUUGACAUCAGGCAUUUCUCUUCCGGUGGCCAGGAUCUGUACGUUCGCCUCGCGGCAUCUGAUCUGCCCUCCAAUGGAGACGGUUCCAGGAAGAAGAACAUAGUCGUCGCCGUUCUCGUAAGCUUAUCGGCCAUUCUCCUUUUCGGCUUCGGCGGAUUCUUCAUCUGGAUCAAGUUUUUCAGAAACAAAGGGAGGUUCCAGAGCGCGCAGAGGUUCAACUCGUUUGACUCCACCGUCCCUCUUGCUCCGGUCCAAGUACAAGACAGGAGCAAAGGCAAGGAGGACGAAGCCGGUCAGAACAGCGACCUGAACGUCACGCUCUUUGACAUGGACGCCAUAGCUUUCUCCACUGACAACUUCUCGGCGUGGAACAAGCUCGGAGAAGGCGGCUUCGGCCCCGUGUACAAGGGGCAUCUGGAAGGAGGGCAGACGGUGGCGGUGAAGCGACUGUCCAAGUACUCGACGCAGGGGCUGAGCGAGUUCAAGAACGAGGUGAUGCUCAUCGCCAAGCUGCAGCAUGUGAACCUGGUCAGGCUCCUGGGCUGCUGCGUCCAUGGAGAGGAGAGGAUUCUGGUGUACGAGUACAUGGAGAACAAGAGCCUCGACAACUUCAUCUUCGACAAGAACCGAUCCUCGCAGCUGCACUGGUCCAAGAGGUUCGACAUCAUCCUGGGCAUCGCACGGGGGCUCCUGUACCUGCACCAGGACUCCCGGUACAAGGUGAUCCACCGGGAUCUCAAGGCCGGCAACAUCCUCCUGGACAAGGACAUGAACCCCAAGAUCUCCGACUUCGGCGUGGCCAGGAUCUUCGGCGACGACACCGACUCUCGCACCAGGAAAGUCGUCGGGACAUAUGGGUACAUGUCACCGGAGUACGCCAUGGACGGCGUGUUCUCGGUGAAGUCCGACGUGUUCAGCUUCGGCGUGCUGGUGCUGGAGAUCAUCAGCGGCAGGAAGAACCGGGGCAUGUACAGCAGCGGCGAGCAGACGAGCCUGCUGAGCCAGGCGUGGAAGCUGUGGAGGGAAGGCAACGCGCUGGCGCUGCUGGACGAGGCGGUGGCCCGUGCCGGCGCGCACCGGAGCUCCGAGGUGCUGCGCUGCGUGCAGGUGGCGCUGCUGUGCGUGCAGGAGCGGCCCGACGACCGCCCGCACAUGGCGGCGGUGUUCCUGGCGCUCGGCAACCCGGGCGCGGUGCUCCCGCAGCCCAGGCACCCGGGCUAUUGCACCGCCACCGACCGGGGCUCCGCGUCCACCGACGGCGAGUGGUCGUCAACCUGCACCGUCAACGACGUCACCGUCACCAUCGUGGAAGGACGGUGACGCCACGUGGCGCGCGCCAGUCCUGGGCCGCCCGUGCUGCUCGGAUGAGAGUAGUGAGUUGUGAAUAGCCGUGGCAUUUGUUGAGACCGAACCAAACCGAUCGAUUCCUAUUUACUUUGAAAAGUUGGGGGGAUCAAUUGGCCAGUUUAAAAAUCAAGGACCGAGCACAUUCGGUCUUGCUUAAUUUGGUUUGGUCUGCAUCAUGACCGAACUAACCGGACCAGACUAAAAGCCACAAAAAACAACAGAAUUCGUAGCAAAUUUCAGCAGCAUUUUUGCUAUUUGAAGGCAAAAAAUAACAACACAAUAUAUAAUACAAAUUAGACAUUAUGACAGCAAGCAGGUAGACGAUAGUUUAGCACACAAUAAUACGAUUUUCAGUUCUCAGAUUCAAACUGUAGCAGAAGCAACUCAUAAUGAUACAUAAUAGAAUAAGGCAUCAGCCCUUCAAUUCAAGUCUUUAAGAAGAUAAAAAAAGUCCAAGUAGGUAGCACCAUAGCACACCCAGCAGUCCUAACAGU